UGAGGCUCCGCUCUGUGCACCGGUGCAGAACCGACCCCGACCGAAUGUGAAAGCAGAGCCGGGGAGAGCGGGGGAAAUUACUGAGCGGGUCCCAGGCUGCGGUGGAGAAACACGAACCCGCCGCGCUGCUGUUGGAGAAGGGAAAGACCAGGGGACUCUCCCCGGGGGCCUGGCCCCGGCCCCUGCCCCUGCCAGGGCAGCGGUGUGGCUGCAGGACCCAUCUCCGUGCGCCCGGGGCCGGGCGUGCCUUCAAGCCAUGGGUCGGCUGCUUGAUAAACUGGCUUUGUUAAUAAAUAACAUUGACACAUGGGGUUGGCAAGCCGGGCAAUGGUCUGCAUACUUUUCUAAAUCAAUCAAAGGUUACAGCAGUUUUACAAAAAACAGCCCAACCAAAGCCUGCAUUUUGUUGAUAGUUGCCUCGACAGACAUAUGAUGUUUUUUUCCCAUUUUCCAGUAAGAAAUGCGUCCAAAAGUUGUGCUUUUCCUAGAUAUUGGAGGACCUACUGUCAGUUUUUUUUGUCUGCAAAUACGGGCUGGUAUUUGGCAGUCAAAUGACUGACCUAGGGUGAGGUAUUUGACUAGUCAAAUAAAGUUCAGAGAGAGGGAACGCCUGGGCCCGGCGGGGUCCAGCUCUGGCGCUGGCUGGCAGGUGGCCUCUUUGGGGGCAGCUACGGGGCCGGGCCCCAAAUUGGGCGCUGAGACAGACGGAUGGGGCAGGCCGGGCGAGGUGCUGGGGAUGGGGUCCCCUCCGAUUCCCGGCAGGGUCUGAAACCCCCCGGGGGCCCCAACCUUCCCCCACGGCUCUUUUCUUUGCCCCAGGGACUGACCCUGUCCCGGACCCCCAUGGCCCUCCUGUUUGGGGGGGCUGGGAGGGACAGAGGGUGGGCAAAGCCCCUCUUUUAUCUCCCCAUCAGCCUCCCCAGACUCAGCCGCAUCCCAGGCUGCGUGCGGGGGACACAGGUCAUGACCAGCACAGCUUGAGCCCAAGACACCCCCUUCCCACGCCUGCCCCCCGGUCCCCGCCAGGCCUCCAGGACAGCUCUGCGUGCAGCUUCGGCCCCUCCUUCCCCGUCUCCUGCCAAGCAUUGGCGGGGACUUGGGGCAGGGAGGUUCCUCUUUCUGCAGCUAUUUAAACUCCCAGGCUCGGGGCAGCUGAGUCGCAGGAUAUGGACAGGAUGGAGGUGACAGAGAACUUCGCUGGCAUCACCCUGCCUGGGCACCUGCACACGCAGGAGUCCUUGCACGCGGCCGCCACCUUCCAGUUCCGGGACACCGACGUGGUCAUCGUCACCUACCCCAAGUCCGGCACCACGUGGAUGCAGGAGAUCCUGACGCUGAUGUACAGCAAGGGGGAUGGCCACCUGGCCAAGACCGUCCCCAACUGGGCCCGGGCGCCCUGGCUGGAGCACGUCUACUUCAAGGACAUGCUGCAGGCAGACAGGGAGCCCCGGCUCCUCACCACCCACCUCCCCUGCCACGUCCUGGCCCCUGCCCUCAAGAAAGCCAAGGCCAAGGUGAUCUACGUGGCCAGGAACCCCAAGGACAUCGUGGUCUCCUUCUACCACUUCCACAAGAUGGCCAAGUUCCUGCCCAAGCCCAGCUCCUUCGAGGACUUUCUCAUGCAGUUCCUGGAUGGCACAGUGCAAUAUGGCUCCUGGUUCGACCACGUGGAGAGCUGGCUCAGCCAGCGCAGGGAGCUGGACCUCUUCUACAUCACCUACGAGGACCUGCACCGGGACCUGGGGCACGCCAUCGAGGAGCUGGCAGCCUUCCUGGGCUGCGCCCUGCGGCCGGAGGAGGUCAGCGCCAUCCAGCAGCACAGCAGCUUCCCGGCCAUGCAGGAGAACGCCAUGGUGAACUACACGCUCGUGUCCUGCGACAUCCUGGACCACAGCAAGGGGCAGUUCAUGCGCAAAGGGAUCGUGGGCGACUGGCGGAACCACUUCACACCCCUGCAGGACGCCCUCUUCAACAGGGUCUACCAGGAGAAGAUGCGGCACUCCAGCCUGCGCCUCCACUGGCCGCUGGUCUGAGCAGGGCUGGGGGGCAAGGGGGAGCUGGCCAGGGGCCCUGCCCACGCUGGGACUCCAGGAAUGACACUUGGCAUCUCUCAGGGCGCUGCCCCAUGCUUGGCUGGUCCCUGCCAGCCACAGGCAACACCCUGGGCUGUGUCAAGCUCAGCCCUGGGCACGUGAGCGCUCUGGCAGAGGGAUGGAGAGUGGAUGAAGCGCUUGGGUCCCAGUGCUGGAAGCCAAGACCCCAUCUCCUCCUCUCUGCCAAAGAGCAUGCCAGCUGGGCAUCCCCUUCUGCCCAGGCUGGGGUGGCCGGAUGCAGGUGUUGCUCUCUUCCUGCCCAGCUUUUGCAACCUGCCAUUACUCAAAGCCCUACCAUGGAAGGAACUGACUGAAAGGGGAAGGAAAAACCUGGGGGGGAGCAGGCUUGUCAUCCAAGAGCAGCCGCCUGCGUCCGAGCAGAGCAGCCGGAGCAGGCGCCCGCCCUGGCAGCCCUCCUGGAGCAUCGAUGUAUAAGCUGGAGGGAUCAGGGCAGCAGAGCCUGGGGUGCCUCCCCUUGCCCCUUGCGGGGUUGGGGGAUCCUGGCUGCUGCCACCUCCCUCAUCUAAUUUAUUUGGCUUUGUCUGGUUGGUAUGCAAGGGGUGGGGGGAAUUAUUGCCAGCUUGGGGGUGGGGGAAGCUGCUUGUGAAUGGGCUGCAGACAAUAAAGCGCAAUGGAUCGG